CAAGUACCAUCUGCCGGUAACCGACGUAUGUGACCGAAGCCAGGCGGCGGAGCUCCGUGUUCUCGCUUUUUUAUCGACUCCUGCUGCGCCCAGAGAGACGGAGAGACAGAGUCCAGCUGAUUGGCAUGGCCUCGUCUGAUGAUGCAGAAGGCUCCCUGACGCCCGUGGAUUUCAUCCAGCUGCAGCAGUACAUGGAAUACAGCAGUUUGAGGGUGAAAGAUGUGAUUAAGGACUUUCAUGCAGGAGGUCGGCUGGCUCAGCACAGCGUUGGAGAGUGUGUCGACGCCGUGGGCUUCUGCCUCUUUCUCAAGACCUAUCUAGAAGUGGACGACUUCCCUGCAGAUUUCUGCCAACGCCUUUUUCGCUAUUUUCAACACGUAGAGCAAGACGGUUCCACAAAGAGCCCACUACCCAAAGGAGGCGGGGUCUUCCUUCGCGAUGUGUCCUGUUACUUCUCUGUGCUGGAGGACGGACAGCCGCGGGAGAAGCUCGAAUUUACAUUCAGACUGUACGACAAAGACUGCAACGGACUCCUGGACAGUUCUGAGGUGGAUCGUAUAAUCACUCAGAUGAUGCGAGCUGCUGAUUACCUCGGCUGGGAUGUGACUGAACUCAGACCAGUGCUAAAGGACAUGAUGACGGCGAUCGACGUGGACGACAGCGAGACCGUCACUCUGGAGGAGUGGCUGAAGGGAGGCAUGAACAAUGUGCCUUUACUUGUUCUGCUUGGACUCAAGAUGACAGAGAAAGACGGGCAGCACAUCUGGAGGAUGAAGCACUUCAACAAGCCGACCUACUGCAGUGUGUGUCAGGGCAUGUUGCUGGGCCUCGGGAAGCAGGGACUCUGGUGCACCUGCUGCAAGUACAUCGUCCACAGCCAGUGUGCCAACAAGAACCCCGAACCCUGCGCUCGAACCUUCGUCAAAUCUAAAAUGGAAAUUGGUAUAGCAGCUCAUGACUGGAUCAGAGCUGACUGUAACUCCACCAAGUGUCAGGUCUGCCACAAGAAGAUCAAAACUUUAGCGGGGAGGCGUUGCGUGUGGUGCCAGGAGAUGCGUCACGAUGAGUGUCUCUACUCUGGCUUGUCGACCUGCGAUUGUGGCCCACUGAGAGAUCACAUACUGCCUCCAUGGGCCAUCUAUGCCGUCUCAAAGGAGGAGGACACCAGCCUGUUGAACGUCACUCCCGAUGGCCACGUCCUGCAGAUUGUUCCAAUUCCAGACACCCAUCCUCUGCUGGUGUUUGUAAACCCGAAAAGUGGAGGCAAGCAAGGUGAACGAGUGCACAGAAAGUUUCAGUACCUGCUGAAUCCACGUCAAGUGUACAACUUGUCUAAUGGUGGUCCUGCUCCAGGACUGCACUUCUUCCGCAACCUGCACGAGUACAGGAUCUUGGUGUGCGGAGGAGACGGCACAGUGGGGUGGCUCCUGGAUGCAAUAGACAAAGAGAAUCUCCAGGUGCAUCCUCCUGUAGCCGUCCUGCCUCUGGGCACUGGGAAUGACCUGGCUCGCUGCCUACGGUGGGGAGGAGGAUACGAGGGGUCUGAUUUGAGAGAAAUCCUGAAGGAGAUCGAGGCCAGCGAGGUGAUUCCAAUGGACCGCUGGAGCAUCCAAGUGAUACCAGACGACCCUCAGGAGGCGGGAGACCCCGUCCCCUACGAGAUCAUUAACAACUACUUCUCUGUUGGAGUGGAUGCCUCGAUUGCUCAUCGUUUCCACUCCAUGAGAGAGAAACACCCCCAGAGGUUCAACAGCAGAAUGAAGAACAAACUUUGGUAUUUUGAAUUUGCCACCUCGGAGACCAUCUCUUCCUCCUGCAAGAAGCUGAAGGACUGUCUCAAGAUUGAGUGUUGCGGGAGACAGCUGGACAUGAGCAACAUGUCUCUAGAAGGAAUAGCUGUCCUCAACAUACCCAGCAUGCACGGAGGAUCCAACCUCUGGGGCGAAUCCAAGAAGCCUGAUGGUGUGGCAGAAGUGGUGCACAGUGAAGUCAUCACCGACCCCGAAUUCCUUAAAACAAUCUCACAAGAUAUGAGCGACAAGCGUUUGGAGGUUGUGGGGCUGGAAGGAGUCAUAGAGAUGGGACAGAUCUACACUGGACUGAAGAGCGCUGGACACAGACUGGCACAGACCUCCCAGAUUACCAUCAGGACAAGCAAAGCUCUGCCCAUGCAGAUUGAUGGGGAGCCCUGGAUGCAGCCUCCGUGUACUAUCCACAUAACUCACAAGAACCAAGCAAACAUGCUGAUGGCUGCACCGACCAAACCCUCCGGCUUCUUCCACCUCAAGUAGAGAAACUGUUUCUCUGCGUGGUCCAGUCUGCUGCAGGUCACCGGCGUUUGCACAAAAAAAGAUGCAGAAUGAGUAUUUAAAGAAGAACGUCCACUGCUGAGCGCGUGACUGUGUUUUUAUUAAGUUUUAGCAUGUUUUAUCCUUUGCACUUAAUCCCUGCUGUAAUUGUAAAUUAUUGCUUGCAUAGACUCAGACCACAGUGACAGACCAAAUCAAAAGUGCAACUUUCACCAGUCUGAUCGCUGCUAUUGUGUGCCAAUUCAAAUAUAACACGUUCCUGUAAAUAACAAAGCUGAGCAUGUUGUCUAUCUACAGUAUAUGGAUAAGAAAUAUAUUUACUUAAAAAGUA